AUGGGGGAAGUGUCAGCUUUUGACCCAGGCAAAACAAACCACGAUUUUCAGAAACACAAGUACACUUCAAGAAUUACCUCAGAAACAAAGAAGGAUUUGUGGAUCAAGAUCAAUGAUGCCUUCAAUGAGGAUUCACAGCACCGCAGAACAGCGGCUGAACUAACAAAGAAGUGGGACAACCUUGUUCAAACCCACCGGGCAAAGUAUUCCCAAUAUAAGAGAGAAUUGGGUAGAACUGGUUCUGGAACAAAUCCUGUGAAACUGUCUGAGGUGACAGAACGAGUUAUGGCAGUUGUUGGGGAAAAUUCACCCAACAUUGUAGGAUUAGGCAGUGGGCUGGACAGCACAAUACUUCAAAUGCAAAGUGCAGUGGAGACACCUUCACAGCCUUCGCAUACCAUUGAGUAA